AUGUAUCUGGCGAAUACAACAUUUGGAACCGAAUUGGUAUUGAAAGAAGGUCUAGACGAAAUAGGAUGUAGAGAUCGACGGUAUCCUGGGAUGGGACUCAGAAUAGUGUUGCCAUCUGAGAAGAAAAAAUCGCCGCUUCCAUCUCAUUUCACGCAACUACCUCCAGAAGAAUAUACUAUACGAAGGAUACUCCAUGGUGUACCCGAGGGAAUAAUCGACUUUCCGCCUGGCGAGGCUUUUCCGUUACAGUCUAAUUUCGACUACAUGGACGGAUUGAUUUUCGAAAAGGCUGUUACUUGGGACAAGAACUGA